AUGGCAAAACCAGUUAAAGCAAUGUUCACUCCGGGAAAAUCCCUCAUCACGCUCGUCAAUAUAGUAACACUCUUCGGACCCUUCCUAGCAGAUUGGAAUGAGACACACAUCUACAACCCCACCUGGCCGCCCCAUGCCCGCUACCAUAACGGCCAAACCAUGUCCAUGGGCCUCUUCAUCGGACUAGCAACAUUCUACAUCCUUUUAAUCCUCCUCNCCUCUACUCCCUCCCCCUCAACCCAGAAACUGCACCUUAAUUGGGUUUUGGCAUUGCAAACUUUGAUCUAUGCAAGCAGUUUGUCAGGGAUCCUGUACCCCGGAGCCGCAUGGAUGGAUCCAGAGUUUGGAGAGGGAAAGCCGCAGUUGUAUGGAUUUCCUGUGUUAAUGGGUUUGUGUUGGGUGGGAUGGUGGGUUGAGAGGGAAAGGCUUGGGAGAGUUGAA